AUGUCUUUGGUGGGAAGAAAAAGGGGAUAUGACAAAGAGGGGCUAAAAAACCAGGAAAAUUGCAACACGAAUGCGGCAAAGCGGACAAAGGUCAAUAACCACUCAAGGGCUGCGAAGUUCGAGCAAUUUAUCGACAGAGCGCCCCACGAAAUCAUAUUACAACUCAAGUGUCUUGUAAGUAGGCAGGAUAUCAUUUCACUAGCAUCUACGAGUAAGCGGGUAAGAGAGCGCCUUUUGCCAUACCUCUUUGACAGAGUCAAGUGUUCAUGGCCCGAGCUGUUGAGCAGCUGGCGCAACCCGAACGGUGUAUGCGCACCCAUAGAACACCCAGAGCUUAUAGAGGGCAUACGAAUAACGUCUUUUUGCUCUAAAAACGAGUGGACCUUCCCGUUUCAUGUGUUGUUUUCUCCGGAUCCAUCGACAAAUCCCAUGGGGAGGUUAGAAAGCUUGAGCAUGUUAAGCUCGGGUUCAACGAAUUUCUUCAAGUAUUGUGGACUGGUUUUGAACCUAAAAACUCUUAGCAUAACAGCUGUCAAAAGCUCUUCUGUAUUUAGCCUGGAGCACGUCAAACAAUUCCCGUCAUUGCAAGAAUUGAGACUUGUAGGCUUUCACAUUGAAGAUGCUGAAGCCGAAGCAAAUCCCCGCAAUAACCUUGGGUAUCUGAAGCUCGAAAAUUGUACCUGGUGUUACCCCUUCAAUCUCGAAAGCUUUGGAAAGGACAAAAUUCAUACGCUUCACUUGAAGUAUUCAAACAGCUUCAUCGUUAGUGAGCGAUUCAAGCACUUGCUAAGCUCUCCCAGUUUUACCAAUUUGAGAGAACUUUCAAUUGUCAAUGACGAAAAGAGUCUGGAACUUACAAUAUCUCUUAAAAUAAUGAACCUGAUACACGCGAUGCCUUCUUUAGAGACCCUUAUAUUGUCUGGUAACAUUUACAAUGAAGCUUUAAACGGGCAUGCGAGUUCUGGAUCCUCUAAUCACACGAGUAUUGUUGCAUUGAAUAACGUAAAAGUCUUUUAUUCAAGUUUUUUGCGGGAUCUAGGCUAG